UUUCUUUCCGGGAAAAUAAAGGAAAGGAAAAAUUAGAAAAAUAAAGAAGAAUAUACUGCCGCCUUAUUAAAGCAUCUCUUCUUCUUUCUCUUUUUCCAUCUCUCCUGGCCUCAAACAAAUAUCGCUUUCUCAAUCUCUUCACCAGUCAAUCCUUUCUUCUCCUUUCCCCCACAACAGAACACCAAAAACAACAGCAAAUCAAACACAGACACAACCCAAAUCCCAAACCUAAACCAGACCAAAACCAAAUAUUACAUUUAUUUCCUUUCAUAUCCCUUCCCCCUUCUUCCCCUUCCAUGUGUCAGUUCUGAAAACCUAGGGCCUUCCCCUGCCGACCUGACAGCCGGCCGCCCUCCCCCAUGGCAGACACCGCCAGCCGCCCCGCCUCGCCGGAGGCCUCCCGGAGAUCGUCCAAGAAGGAGUCCCAGUCCCUCCUCCUCGGCCGCUAUGAGAUCGGGAAGCUCCUCGGCCACGGGACCUUCGCGAAGGUCUACUAUGCCCGCAACGUGAGGACGGGGGAGGGGGUGGCCAUCAAGGUGAUCGACAAGGAGAAGAUCCUCAAGGGCGGCCUCAUCGCUCACAUCAAGCGCGAGAUCUCCAUCCUUCGUCGCGUCCGCCACCCGAACAUCGUGCAGCUCUUCGAGGUCAUGGCCACCAAGGCCAAGAUCUACUUCGUCAUGGAGUACGUCCGCGGCGGCGAGCUCUUCAACAAGGUCGCCAAGGGCCGCCUCAAGGAGGACGCCGCCCGCAAGUACUUCCAGCAGCUCAUCUCCGCCGUCGCCUUUUGCCACGCCCGCGGCGUCUACCACCGCGACCUCAAGCCCGAGAACCUCCUCCUCGACGAGCACGGUGACCUCAAGGUCUCCGACUUCGGCCUCAGCGCCGUCUCCGACCAGAUCCGGCAGGACGGCCUCUUCCACACCUUCUGCGGCACCCCGGCCUACGUCGCCCCCGAAGUGCUCGCCCGAAAGGGCUACUUGGCAGCCAAGGUCGACAUUUGGUCCUGCGGCGUCAUACUUUUCGUCCUCAUGGCGGGCUACUUGCCCUUCCACGACCAGAACAUCAUGGCCAUGUACAAGAAGAUCUACAAGGGCGAGUUCCGGUGCCCUCGCUGGUUCUCGCCUGAGCUCACCCGGCUCCUCUCCCGCCUUCUCGACACCAGCCCUGAGACCCGAAUCACCAUCCCCGAGAUCAUGGAGAACAGGUGGUUCAAGAAGGGCUUCAAGCACGUGAAAUUCUACAUCGAGGACGAUAAGGUCUGCAGCAUCGUGGACGACGUCGACGCUGACGGGGCCUCCUCUGCCUCCUCUGACCAGUCCAUGUCCGAGUCAGACUCUGAGGUCGAGCUACGGUGCCGGGCCCCAGCAGCAUUGCCUCGGCCAGCGAGUCUGAAUGCGUUCGACAUUAUUUCCUUCUCGAGGGGAUUUGACUUGUCGGGGUUGUUCGAGGAGGGCGGGGAUGAGGCGAGAUUCGUCUCAGGGGCCCCUGUGUCCAAGAUUAUAUUGAAGUUGGAGGAGAUUGCGAAGCUGGUAAGCUUCACGGUGAGAAAAAAGGACUGUCGGGUGAGCUUGGAAGGGUCAAGGGAGGGCGUGAAGGGCCCCUUGACGAUCGCAGCGGAGAUAUUUGAAUUGACGCCGUUCUUAGUAGUGGUGGAGGUGAAGAAGAAGGGUGGUGAUCGGGGGGAGUACGAGGAGUUCUGUAACCGGGAAUUGAAGCCUGGGCUGCAGAAUUUGAUGUUGGAGGAGAGCGCUGCGAACUCAUCCUACUUACCGUCUGACACUGAAUGAAUGGAGAAUUGGGGGUAAAUUCUUGUCUUUGCCAAUAUUUCUGUAUGAUAAUCAAUCCUUUUACGGUGAAUUUUCAUCUCGGGUUUUGCUCUGUAUGCCCUGUUAGUAUGAGCGCUAGUUGCUGCUAAUAUAUAUAUAUAUAUAUAUAUAUAUGAUGUCCUGUUCCUGUAACCGAUAAUGAUAGAUUAGAUUGCAGAAGAAUCGAAAUACAAAAGGAAAUCCAGAAUCAAUGUUGAUUCCUUUGAUCUUGUAAACUCUGCAUGUUUGCCCUCUUCUUAAUUUGUUUCAUGAAAGGGUGCUAAA